GCCCUUGCGCGAGGCGUGGGGGCAGCCCGCCAUGGAGGCCGGCGGCGGCCGAGGGGGUCCGGUGGGCUCGGUGGUGCCUGCGUUGUGCCGCGAGCUGCCAUGCUGCCUGGGCAUCGACGAGGCGGGGCGGGGGCCUGUGCUCGGCCCCAUGGUCUACGGCAUCUGCUACUGUCCUGUGUCCCGGCUGGAGGAGCUACAGGCACUGAAGGUGGCAGACUCGAAGACGCUGUCGGAGGCAGAGCGGGAGCAGCUCUUUGAACUCCUGGAUGAUGCCAAGGAGUUUGUUGGCUGGGCCCUGCAUGUGCUGUCCCCGGACUUCAUCUCCACUAGCAUGCAGCAGCGGGCCAAGUAUAACCUCAAUGCACUGUCCCACGACACAGCCAUUGGCCUGGUGCAGCACGCGCUGGAUGCCGGGGUCCAGGUGACAGAGGUCUUUGUGGACACGGUGGGGCCAGCUGACAAGUACCAGGAGAAGCUGCAGCAGCGGUUCCCUGAGCUGGAGGUGACUGUUCGAGCCAAGGCUGAUGCCCUCUUCCCCAUUGUCAGUGCUGCUAGCAUCUGUGCCAAGGUAGCAAGAGAUCGGGCUGUGAAGAGCUGGAAGUUUGUGGAGGAUCUGGAUGACACGAGCCUGGACUAUGGGUCGGGGUAUCCCAAUGACCCCAAGACAAAGGCAUGGCUAAUGCAGACCCUGGACCCCAUCUUUGGGUACCCACAGUUUGUGCGGUUCAGCUGGAGCACGGCCCAGACCCUGCUGGACAGCCAUGCUGUGCCUGUGCACUGGGAUUAUGAUGAUGGGGAUGCUGCCACCACACCAGGCACCCCCUCGUUGCUGUCCUACUUUGCUCGCCCAGCACCCACCCCACACCAACCCCAUCGCUACUUCCACGAGCGCUGCCUCAAACCCCUCAGUGGCCUGUAGUGGGGGCUGGGGGUCAAGACACCCCACACACAUAGCCUGUGGGCUUCAUUUGAGCUAAUAAAGGUCCCACAGAGUUGUGUA